CCAACAGCUCCCCAGAAGAGGGAACAUUCCCGUCUGGAAGUGGCGGCGCCAGCGGCGCCCCUGGGAAGUGUAGUAGGCGCGAGCCCAUAGGCAUGCCGGGAGUCGUAGUUCUCCGGGGUUUGCGGGGCUGCAAGGAAGGCUCGCGGCUUUCUCGGGGCUCGUGGCGCGGGUGAUCCCGGCACUGCUAGGGCGGCCUGCCAGGGACUGAGAAUCUCUCGGUUGCAUCUUCCAGUGGCAGUCAGAGCCAGCACGUGUGCGGGUCUGGGCUGGGAGGUGUGCCGGCCGGGCGGGGCUGCGCGCAGGCCCCAGGGAGAUACAGAGGCUGAGAGGGUCUGGAAGCGAUCUGCACGGCCCAGGCCGCGAUGCUUCAGGGGGAGUCGCUGCCCUGCCCCCACUCCCACCCCUCUCCAGGGAGAGUCGCGGGGAAGGAGCGCCCCGUCAGACCGACCUUGUCAAGCACUCUGCUCUCCCUUGACAGGAAAACUAAGAAGAAAAGAAUGGCCUUGGAUUUGCUGCCUGCUCCGGUGACAGAGUCAGUGGCGUUUAGGGAUAUCGCUGUGCUCUUCAGCCGGGACGAGUGGCUGUGCCUAGACUCUGCGCAGAGAACCUUGUACCGGGAGGUGAUGCUGGAGAACUACAGCACCCUGGUCUCGCUGGGGAUUCCAUUUUCAAUGCCAGAGCUGAUCUGCCAGUUGCAACAAGGAGAAGAUCCCUGUAUGGUGGAAAGAGAAAUCCCUCAAGAUACCUGCCUUGGUUUCAAGACAUGGCCUGAAAUAGAAGCAUUGCCUUGCAAACAGGACAUUUCUACAGGAGAAACAUCUCAAGGAAUAAUAAUGAAAAACUCCAUUAAGUUGGACAUCAAGUGUGGAGAAGCUUUGGAAUUUGAGGGCAGGACACAAAAAGAGCAACAGAAAAAAACUCUCAGGCAAAUGGUAGCCUCACAGAAGAAAACCAUCAGUGGAGCUGGAGACCAGACAAGUCUUGAAUUAGGGAAAGGCUUAUUUAUAAAUACAGUUCUUAUUAGACAACAAAAUGUUCCUACAGAAAGAGUACCCAGUAUAUAUUAUACUUUUGGGAGAGAUUUUAAACAAAAUUUUGAUCUAAUGAGAUGUUUCCAGAUUUACCCAGGAGAAAAACCUCAUAUUUACAAUGAAUGCGAAAAAAGCUUCAAUCAGAGUCGUCAUCUUAUUGAACACCAGAGAAUUCUUACUGGUGAGAAACCUUACAAAUGUAAUGAGUGUGGGAAAACCUUCAGCCACAGAUCAUCACUUCUUGCCCAUCAGAGAAUUCAUACUGGAGAGAAACCUUACAAAUGUAAUCAAUGUGAGAAAGCAUUUAGUAGCAGUUCAACCCUUAUCAAACAUUUGAGAGUGCAUACUGGAGAGAAACCCUAUCAGUGUAAGGACUGUGGUAAAGCUUUUAGCCAGUGUUCAACCCUCACUGUACAUCAGAGAAUUCAUACUGGAGAAAAACUCUAUAAGUGUGGAGAAUGUGAGAAGGCCUUCAAUUGUAGAGCAAAGCUUCAUAGACACCAACAAAUCCAUACAGGUGAGAAACCCUAUAAAUGUAGUGAAUGUGGGAAAAGUUACAGCCAGUUUACAUCCCUGGCUGAACAUCAGAGGCUUCAUACUGGAGAACAACUGUGUAAAUGCUUGGAAUGUGGGAAAAAUUUCACUCGCAUCUCAACCUUUAUUGAACAUCAGCGGAUUCAUACUGGACAAAAACCAUAUCAGUGUAAUGAAUGUGGGAAAGCCUUCAACCAGUAUUCAUCCUUUAAUGACCAUCGGAAAAUUCAUACUGGAGAAAAACUUUACACGUGUGGAGAAUGUGGGAAAGCCUUUGGUUGCAAAUCUAACCUUUAUAGGCAUCAGAGAAUCCAUACUGGAGAGAAGCCAUAUCAGUGUAAUCAGUGUGGAAAAGCUUUCAGCCAGUAUUCAUUCCUAACUGAACAUGAGAGAAUCCAUACUGGAGAGAAACUCUAUAAAUGUAUGGAAUGUGGGAAAGCCUACAGUUACAGAUCAAACCUUUGUAGACACAAAAAAGUUCACAAUAAAGAAAAACUCUAUAAAUGGAAAGAAUAUGGGAUCAGAGAUUUCUUAGAGGAGAUAAGCCCUAUGAGGUUUAAUUCAUGUCUGAAAUAAUUUAAGGGUUCUCAUUGGAGAAUAAUCAGGAGAGUAAUAAAUAAGGCACAGACUUCUGAUAGAUCAAGUCUUUUUAGUACUUCUCUUAGAGAAAAUAUGCAAGUUAUCACUAAGUAAUGGUAAAAUUGACCAACGAAUAUUAAGAGCACUGCCUUGUCAAAUUUUAUAAGAACCAGUAAAUUUAAGGUUUCUAAAAACAUAAAAAUUUUCAAUUCACAGAAAAUUGUAAAAGACCUAACUUCUAAAAAAUGAAGACAAUGGAAUAUAAGUUUUAUUUCUUUCAUUAGACUUUGUUGCCUUUCUAACAGUAAGCUUCAAUAUGAAUUUUCUUUUAUUUUUUAUUUAUUUUUUUAAAAAAUAGGAAUUUAGUUAUUUUAAUUAGGGGUUAAUUACUUUACAAUAUUGUGUUGGUUUUGCCAUUAAAAUGAAUUUUCUUUUUAAGGCAGUCACUGAGUUAUUAAUAAUGUGAAUAAGUGUGGGGCCUUAUUUUCUAAAAUGACAGAUAGAUAUAGGACAUGCUCUCUUUCAUAAAGAGAAGCUAAAGAUAAGAAGAAAUUCUUUAGAUUUUCACAUGGAAAUAAUUAAGCUCACUUUUCAUGAACUGCCUCACCAGCAAUUUAUAUUUAUAAAUAUACAUGUAUGUAUAUGUGUGUUAGUUGCUCAGUCAUGUCUGACU